AUGUCUGCCCGGCAUGCGCGCCUCCACAAACGCGGCCACUCGGCCUCUGCUGCAAGUCCCUUGAGCACCGUGGCCGACCACGGCGUCUUCACCUUUGACCGCUCCCACACGCCCAAGGUCUACGAGGAGUCGUGGCUCGAGACGCUGGAAACACAACGCCCCAUGCCCGCCGUCAUCUCUACCAACCCCCUCAAGAUCAAGCCCUACCUGCGCAAGCUCUCGUCCAAGGAGACCAGUGGCCUGGACCUGUCACGCCCUGCCGCCGAGAACGACCUCACUGGCCUGGGCAUACUCGAGUAUGGCGCCUACUCGCGCUCCAUAUCCGACGUCAACUUCACCUCGGUCACGGCCCGCCAGCGACACCACCGCUCGCCCUCGAACCAGUCGCAGUACUCGACCUCGUCUGGCCUGCAGCGCCCGACCCCCCUGCCCUGCAUCCGCCAGACCCCCCAGCCCUUCUCACCGCCAAUAGCAAACUCGUCGCCACCCUCGAUCCUGGGCAGUGAACUCGAGGGCGACGACAUCAUGUCCGACGACGAAGUCCGCCUGAAACAGAGUUCGUACGAUCCCGCUCGCCGAUCUGGUUCCAUGUCCUCGGCCCAGGGCACAUCCCUACGCAUCCACACAAACAACUCAUACACCCGCCUGGCCGCCAGCUACUCGCAAUCCUCGGCCUCGCUCACCUCGCCGCCUGCCUGCCCGCCACGGGCACGCGGCGACACGCUCAAGUCGGUCGACACCACGUCGCCCAGCUCGCGCACCUCGUUUGACCAGACGUAUCGGUUUAUCCGCGGUGGCCGCGACUCGCCCGUCGACCCUGCGUCCAGAGCUGCCUCGAUCCGCGCUGCACGGCAAAAGUUUGAGCAGGAGCAGCGCGCCAAGGAGCUCAAGUACGAAAAGGAGGCGCACAAGCAGCAGGAGCGCGAACAUCGAAAGCAGCUCAAGAAGGAAGACGUCCAGCGCCGCAAGUCGGAGCACGCCGACCGCAAUGACAUGAGCCGCACGCGCACCGGAUCCGACGGCGAGAAGACGCCCCGGCCUUCUGCUGUCGGCGGGCGGCCGUCGGUGGGCGGCCGCCAGUACUCGGACUAUCGCGAGGCUCAUUCACACUCUCUGCCCAAGUUUGUCGCCACCGUCGAUCCGGAAAAGGCGGCGGCUGCGUGCGCGGCACCCAAAGUCACAAAGAGCCGCGCCGCCAAGGGCACGUGGCUGCGAUUCGUCACAUGGCUGCGGACGAGGCUGCUGCGCCUGUCGGGCAGGUAG